ACCGUAACAGCCCAGUUAUCGGACUCCUCUCUCCCAAACCCAUCUCUCGCAGUAAUAAUAAAUGGAGAGCGAUUUUGAGCUCCCCAAGUGAUCACCCACGCGUCUCCGCCUCCUACAUCGCCACCUCCACCGCCGGCGCCGCCCCCCAAAGAUGGUGUUGUGGGAGAUGACGGUGAUCACGGCCUACUUCUUGGGCCUGAAGCGGACCUAUAGAAUUGCCCUCAGGAUCCAACGUCGUCUCGUCGGCCCCAAUCACCCCAAGAUCCGUCAAUUCCUGUCCAGGCGUACCCGCAAUGUUUUUGAUGUGGCAGUCAAAGUUCACAAGAAUAUACAACAGAGAGAUAUAGAAGUUGGUCGGAGUCUUGGAAAUUGGAUUCUUCGGUGGCUUGACCGCAUGAAACCAUCAGCACAGAUACGCCCUCGUCCUCCAGUGGUACCAACCAAUGGCACGCCCAAGCAUAUCACCAGUCCUGGACGGUCUCUUGGAGCACAGAGACCCAAUCAUAAAAUUACAGACAAGGAAUCUAAUGGGCGAUCACUUUUCACCCCUUUGAACAAAGGGCCAAACUCCUUCCCAACUGUGUCCAUGAUGAUGCAGCCAACAAGACCAGCCAGUCUGGGCAAUCAAUACAGGCACAUUUUCUACUUUCAACCUCAUGCCUCAGCACUGGAUAAAAAACAAGACUUAUUAGGUGUUUUUCGGAAGGACAUUGCACAGUGGAUGCUGCAUUAAGGACGGGCAACUCAUUAUUCCUUCGCUGGAACUGAACUCACCAUGCCUCUAAUUCAAUCUGGUUCUUUUGUAUGACUGGUGCAUAGUUGAGUUAUUUCUUGCUCUUUAAAUUUCUCAUACCAAAAUACAUCAUGGUUGGUACCUCGGUCUGUCUGGUAGACUGGUAGUCCCAUAUAGUUUUAGCUACAGGCAGCAUUUGAAGGAGCACCAACUGAAAGGCUGAAAAUUGAAAUCAAUAGAGUGUUGUCUGGUUCAUUUUUAUCUUUGGAACUAAUAAAUGUUAUAUGGAGUUUAGGCUUGGAAUCAACGGUGGACAGCCAUGUCCUGUAAUGAAAGCAAACAAUUCUUGCUGGUGAAUAAUUCCUACAGCGACUGAUUUGUCUCCUUUCUGUCCAAACUAUAAAUUUCAUGGUUUUGAUCCUCUUCAAUGUGGUUAA